AUGAUGUCCUGUGGUCGCCGACUCGUGACCUUUGCGUCCGCCCGCCCGCGCUUCGCUAUCCGCGCCUACUCCUCGACCGUCCCUCGUCUGAACGAGAACCCCAUCCCAGCCAACGACCCGACCCCGCGGAAGCCCUCGCCCAAUGUCUCCGCUACCAAUGCCGAGCCUACUCAAUCCUUCGGUCCUCCAGCUGGUACUCUGCAGGAGUCCCCCGAGGUCGGCGAGCGGAUUCGCAGCAUGCAGGCUCCCAACCGUGCCACCACCUGGGCCUCCAACCAGCAGCCGCGCGAGAAGGCCAUGGUUGGCCCUCGCUUUGAGCAGACCAUCAUGGAAGCCCAGCCGCAACCAUAUGCCGCUAUCGAGCUUAUUCACAGACAGCCCGUCCGUUGGACAAAGUCCAGAGUCGUCAGCUGUGACGGUGGCGGUGGCCCCCUCGGCCACCCCAAGGUCUUCAUCAACACCGACAAGGCCGAGAUCGUUCCUUGCGGAUACUGCGGUGUUCCUUUCGCCCAUGAGCACCACCGCGCUUACCUGAAGUCCCUGCCCGCCACCAGCUACCCCCUCGAGCCCACUGGUGACGCCGCCGAGGUCAACGAGUCCCAGCGUGUGACCGAAGGUGGUCUGGAGCAGCGAUAA